AAAGUGCAGGCUGAGACACAACUGGAGCUGCGUGAAACUUCUCGAGACAGCCAGUCCGUGGGCGAUGCUCCAGCGACCCCGCCAGUCACCCUGAUCAGCGCCCACCGGGACCCGUCCGGCCGCCAGCUGAUCCCACCGGGGGCAGCCGGAGAAAGCAGAGCAGCCUCACACCUCCCCGAGCUGCAGGAAGAAGACCCAAAGAUGCCAGAGAGGCGACGUCAGAGGAAGUUUGUUAUUUUGUCCUCAUUAUUGGUGUGUUGUAUGCUUGCUGGUGCAGAGUAUUCCAGCUGUGGAGAGUAUGAGUUCUUCAACCAAACCAGCGACAGCUGCCAGGCCUGUCCUCAGUGCCAGCCAGGACAAGAACCGCAUAUGACCUGUGGUUACGGUGUGAAAGAUGAAGACUUUGCCUGCGUGCCAUGCCCAAAGGGAAAAUAUUCCAAAGGAAAGUAUGAGAUCUGCAGACGCCAUAAAGACUGUGACGCUCUCUACCAAGCUACUGUCCGUGUAGCAGGAACUCCAGAAAGUGAUGCUGAGUGUGGACCUUGCUUACCGGGGUAUUACAUGCUGGAGAACAGGGGCAGAAACCUCUACGCGAUGGUUUGCCACUCCUGCCAGAACGCCCCACGCAACACCAAAGAAUGCAUGCAAAUCAACAAGUCGAAGGGAAAACCUUCGAUUGCUCAUGGCAGUACAACAGUCUUCCCUCAUGUAAAUAAAGCCUUUUUCUCAGAUGCUCCAGGUCAGAGCCACCUUGCAACAGCUCUCAUAAUCGCCAUGUCCACCAUUUUUAUCAUGGCCAUCGCCAUCGUCCUCAUCAUCAUGUUCUACAUCUUGAAGGCCAAACCGAGUGGCCAGGCAUGUUGUUCCGGACAAGUUGUGAAGGCAGUGGAGGCUCAGACCAACAAACAGGAAGACAAGAAAGACAUGCCUGACAGUGUGGUGAUCUUCUCAGAGAAAGACGAGUACGACAAACUGAAAGCUCCUCCUCAGAAGACAGUGAAGAGUGAAAACGAUGCAUCAUCAGAGAAUGAGCAGCUGUUAAGCCGCAGCAUUGACAGUGACGAGGAGCCACCAUCAGAUAAACGGGGAUCGGCGGAGACUACAAACCACAACCUCUGCCUCGUCAACUUGGGCAACAAGCCGGACCUCUGCUUGCUCUCUCUGGGACUCCUGGACCGCGGCCGCACCUGCAACGGCACCUCUGCCACGGCCGCGGCCAGCCAGGCCUCCAGCAUCCCCAGUCCCAACCACAUCAUCAAUGGCAACCACAUCAGCGGUGUGAAUGCCAUCAACAACAACAAUAAAACUCCAGGGAUGCUGCAAAGUCGAAGGAAAAAGAUAUUGGAUCUUUAUAACAGAACUUGCAAUGUUACUGAGGGCCUGAGCCCCACGGAGCUUCCCUUCGACUGCCUGGAGAAGGCCAGCCGCAUGCUGAGCUCCUCCUACAGCAGCGAUGCGGCCGUGGUGAAGACAUGGAGGCACCUGGCCGAGAGCUUCGGGCUGAAGCGCGACGAGAUCGGCGGCAUGAGCGACGGCCUUCAGCUCUUUGAGAGAGUCAGCACGGCGGGCUACAGCAUCCCGGACCUCCUUACUCGCCUGGUGCAGAUUGAGAGGCUAGACGCUGUGGAGUCCCUGUGUGCAGACGUGCUGGGAAACAGUGAGGUAGCGGCAGCAGCGGGACGGCAGAGCGUCAACAGCUUUCACAGCCAGUUAGUCUGUUCCUCCGCGUGCACGUCCCCAUCCCAGCGCUGCGCCAGCGUCUAAAUAUCUGGAAGAGUUGAGACUUUAGAGACUUGGAUAUGAUGGAGAAGACCCCAUCACAUGAAGAAUGUCAGUGGGCUAACCGUCCACCUUUUUAUGUUCAGAAGCUAACAGUCCCAUAUUCCCUGUUGUGCUAUUUCAGCUAUUUCCUGUGCAACAUAUAAUACUUAGAAUUUGUUUUUUUUCUUUUGUUUUUUGUGGUCUGAAAAAGAAAAGUAUAUCUUCCUCAAAAACUGUAGGAAAAAAAUGCGCUGGACGCAACACAAUGUUUCCCGAAAGUUAUAAGAAAUUUGUUAUAACAUUUUUUUUUUUUUUUUUUUAACUGUGUAAAAGUCGCUGGCCUCCAUUGGGUAUUGGCCCAAACUGUACUCUCACUUUAAACUAAGAGCAAACCAUGGUGUUUUUUCCUGCAGUUGAUGCAACCAGAUGUCUCCUUGGGUACAACGUAAGUGAUCUGGUUUGACCGCAGCAUUAGUUAGCAUUCAUAACCGCUGCUUUGACUGCGCUGUCAUCACACAGGAUGGACUACAGAUACGAGUUCCCUACAUAGAAGGGAAUCAUCGUGGCCAGCUGGAAAUGCUAAAACAUCAUUAGGCUCAGCUGUCAUCUGGAAAACUCGCCUGUGGACUUUUGGGGGGCAUUUUUCAACGCCUCCUGUGUCUGAGGAAGACGAGGGCAGCUCAGGAUGUUUUCAUUUUGAAGGAAUCGCGAGGAUCCUGUACAUUUUGGGUUUAAUUAUCCAGUUAAGUAUCCAUUGAUUACUCUACAGUACGUCUUUGGGGCAUAAGUGUUGAAAUGCUGAUGACAUGCAGAUGUAGUAAAUGGAAAAAUUCAACAAAUCACCUCGAGUAGAAAAAGCCAAAAACACAGAUUCAUAAUCUUACUUACUGGUUGAACACAACACUCUGCCUAAGACCACAUGUCUAUAACUUUAAUACACCGAUUCAAAUACUCUCCUACAGCAGCUACUUCCUCAGCAGUGACCCAGCCUGUGACCCCCCCACCACCAAUAACUUUUACUGUUACUCCCCUUGUACCCCAAUCUUGCGGUUUAGUGCUGCCGCCAGCCCUAAUUAUUUGGCGUGUGGCUCCCCGUGCCCCUAAUAAGCUGACGUGUUGUGGUUUAUAGAGCGAGUGCAAAGUGCCUGUGAUUUCCAGCACCUAAUUAAGCAUUUAGAGGCAUUUAACCACUGAAAGCCCAGUGGAAACGCUAUAAAAGCCGGGCAUUAAAACCCCCUAGCCAAGACAGAUGAAUGACAAACUGCCCCCAGGGUUGCUGUGAACAGUGUGAGGGUGCCGUUGGUCACGGCGGAGGCAGCGCCAUGGUUGUCCUGCAACGCCUGCUCUUAUUCAGCUUUUGUGGUUGACUCAGUCAUGCUCAGACAGGAUUUUAGCUCCCCUCUCCAUUAUCGGACCAACAGACUGAGCUAGAACAAUGUGCAGUUCUGUGAGUUCUGAAAAGCAGCAAAAGCUGAUUAGGUGUUGUAUGCUCGGUUGAAAAACACAGUCGUGAAAAAGAGACUAUUUUUUCCCUAUAUUUGAGGCCGUGUAAAUACAGCUUCUGAUGAACAACAACCUAUAAUAUAGAGUCAUUAAGCACUUUAAAAAAAAAGUCAUCCAAAAUACAGGAAGAGUGAAACAAACAAACAAACAAAAAGAGAAAGUGGGUAUUAAGGCAAGUGGAGGUGCUAAUCAAACCCACUUGCAUUGUUGAUCAAGACCACAUUGCAUAGUUUUUGCAGUUUGUCUUAACAAAAUACCAAGGAAAAGAGACAUAAGCAUUGAUGUUUGGGAAGCAAACGAUGCUGUACAUCAGUCUGGGAAAGGUUAUGAUUCCAUUUCAAAAGUAUUCAGCGCUCGUCAUUCUACAAAAUGAUUAUUUACCAGUGGAAAACCCUCCAGACAGUUGCCAAUCUUCCCAGGAGUGCCAAUUCCAGCUAACUCACACCAGCAUCAGACUAUGCAAUGCUCAGAGAAACUAAAAGAGAUACGUCUCAGCCUUCACGGGCUUCAAGAUGAAUGUCAAGGUUCACAACAACACGAUCAGUUAGAGACCUUGGAGGAGGGUCAAUUAAAUGUAUUUGAAAAGAGAGGUGUGAUGGUGCAUAGUGGGAGAGAGGUGGGCUGGUUUUAAAACCAGAGGAC